GCUGUAUUAAAUCAGAGCUCGUGCGGAUGACUGUGGAGCACCAGAGAGUUGAGGGGUCUGAGAUCAAGCAGCUGGAGUUGCAUCGGGGGACAAACGAAAGAAAAAAAAACUUUGUAUAAACUAUAUUUGUAUUAUCCAACAAAUCAUGAUGCAUUUGGAAAUGCUACUACUUGUGAUGACCUGGGCAUUGUUCGUUCCUGUAACGAACAGCAAAAAAACUUAUGGUGACAUGUUCCCUCACAAACACAAACCCCCUUUUCCAUUCCCAAUCCCUGGAUGGGAACCGGACACGAACCCUUGGGAUGAAUCACUGUAUCCCCCCUUCAAACAACAGCUGAAUCGCAGACAUGAGAAACCACCGAGGGUGCGUCUCACAAGCGACAGUCCUGCAAUGAACGGCUCGUGCAUCUCGUUCACUGCAGCUCUGGAGUUUCCACCGUGCCAGAAGGAGGACAGCAACGGCAACCUGGUGUAUGAUGAGCACUGUGACGACGGUAUGAUGGAGGCCUCAGCCAAUGGACAGAUGCGUUCAGGAUACGUGUUUAACUGGACAUCCUGGUUGGAUGACUAUGGCUUUGGGAGGUGUGCAGAUCUGAAGAGGUGCAAUGUUUUCCCUGAUGGAAAGCCUUUUCCUCAGACCAAUGAUUGGAGACGUAGAGGUUAUGUGUAUGUGUGGCACACCAUGGGCCAGUAUUUUGAGACAUGUGAUGGUUCCUCCUCCCAUCUGACACUGAAUACCACUAACAUGACGUUUGGAGCUGGUGUGAUGGAGGUGAUGGUGUACCGCAAACGCGAGCGCAGGAAGUACAGCCCACUCUCUGUGGACAGUACUGUAUUCUUUAUAACAGAUAAGAUUCCACUCUCUGUGAACAUUUCCCAAAAGCAUGCAGGCAGCAAACCUGACAAAAACAUCUUUGUCAAAGGGUCAGAUGUGAUUUUCAACGUCCAAAUCCAUGACCCAAGUAACUAUUUGAAGACGGCUGAUGCGGUGGACUUCAUUUGGGACUUUCAGGAUGGCAACCAGUUGGUCACCCACAGCAAUGUGGCAGCCCAUGCGUACAACAUGCUUGGAAACGUUACAGUCAAGCUCCUCGUGGAGGCGUCAUUCCAUGUGCCCUGCCCGCCACCAACUCCAACACCAAUGCACUUUACGCAGACUCAGACCACAGCAAUGCCUACACUACCGCCUGGCACUCAUGCAUUCACUAGCAAAAUGGACACCACCAAGGCUCCUAUCAUCACCAGUCCUUCGCCAGCUACCACUCCUCGAGCCCCUACAACUGCUGUCCCAACAACUGAACCACUGCAAACCAAUUCAGAGGUGACGUCUAUUACAGCAACUGCUGUACCUGAGGCCAGCUCCACCUAUAACCAGCCCACCUCACGUCCAAUGGUCAAACACACACACUUCACAGAGUUGGACUGUUUUCGCCAUAUGUACGGAUCCUUUGAAGCCGAGAUCAACAUCAUUGAACCUCCUCCAGCUCUGCAGAACCUGCCAGCCAAUGAGAUUUUAAAGGUGUCGGCUGACAAAGUGACCAACACAUCUGUAAACUUCAUGGUGACUUGCUCAGGCAGCGUUCCCUCAGUGGCCUGCACCAUAGUGGCUAACUCGGCCUGUCGGGAGGUCAAGAAUAUCGUGUGUGAGGAUGUGGCCCCUUACGGUGAAGGAUGCAAGAUCAGUUUGACCCGCAUUUUCCAAACGCCGGGCAAUUACUGUGUUAACAUCACGUUGGGUCUGCCUGGAGGCUUGGCUCUUGCCACCACCACCUCAGUUUCAAUUGGCAACAGCCCUGACAUAAAGACUCCUAAAUCCUCCCAUGUUGCUGAGGUGGUUCUGUCUUCCAGCGCUGUGCUUAUUUCCAUCUUUGCAUUCAUUGCCAUCAUGGUUUACAAGCGAUAUAAGGUGUAUCGUCCAGUGAGACGCUCUUUGUUGGGUGAUGCUGAGAGAAAUGCUGGUAGCAGGAGUUUAAGCAGACUAAGAGCAGCUCUGUUCACUGCUGAUGAGGAGAGAAGCCGUUUAUUGACAGACAAGCCGCUAUAGACUGAUCAGAGUCGUUGCAGCAACCAUUUGCUAUUUAUUCAAUACAUCGGUUUGACUGUAGUUUAUCUAUGAGAAUAACAGAAGUGAUCUCAUAGGUGCGUGCUUUCAGCAAAUUUAGAUUACGCUGACAUCAGUUUGGCUAGAACAAGUAAUCAUAGCAUUUUAGUUAUAUUGCAUUCAUGCAAGCUUUAAAGAUUUUUAAUGGAAGAUGGGAAUGAAUGAGAUCAGAUAUGCCAGAUCGACAGGGGUUUUCACAUUCUAAAAUGACUAAAACAACUACUAACCGACCAAUCACAGUCCAACCGCAGUCCAAAGAAAUCAGUUUGGUUUUCCCAAACCAAAAUCACUAAAGUAUCAACUGCUUUCACCCAUUUUUCAAGUAACACUUUGUCUCAUUUGAGAUGUUCCUUAAUUUUCAGAAAGGAUGAGAAAGUUGAGUGAGAAGUUAGAUGUUUUGGAAUGUUCUGAGAAGUUAUACUUUGUUUUGACCACAGUUAAGAGAGAUAAAGACUAAUUUGGAGUAGUCAUCACAGUUACAUCACUUGCAGCUGUGUGUGCGCAUUGAGGUGGCAGCAAAACACUGUUAACAAAUUGAGGGAAAUGGGUACAAUCCAUGGAAUAAGAAAAAAAUUUAUUGUGGCUUUGGAUGUCAGAAUUGGAAUGCAAAUCAUUUUUAUUGAAUACUGUCAAAGACGCCAUUUGAAACUAAACGCAGAUGUUUACACGGAUAGACAAUGGAUGAAACCUGCUACUUUUAAAGCAUAAAUUUGAUUUAAACAAUAGGUCUACAUAAUAUUCAUAUAUGCAGUUCAUAGGGGACAUAUUGUAUUAGCCCUACAGUUACAGCAUGAAAUACUAUUUAAACAUAUAACAUUUUACAUAACAUUUACAUUUUAUUUCACAAUUCUGACCAUUAGUCUUGCAGAUACAAGUUUAUAUCUCCUAGUUCAGACUUUAUAACUUGUCUUUAACUCAAUGGCGAGUUUGUCAAUUCUGAGAAAAAAAAGCCAGAAAUGUGGGAUAUAAACUCAUGGUUCUGAGCCGAGGGAAAAAGAGAAAAUGACCAGUUGAUUUUUCUUAUCAGAACUGUGAUAUAUAAUCUUAGAAUAGCAAGAAGCCAGAAUUUUGAAACUCAAAUGUACCUUUUUGUUUUUACAUUAUUCUAUUCUGUACGUAGACUGCUCAUUACUGUUUGCAAACACCAAAACUGGUCUAUAUGAUUCAUUUUGAAUGUCUGGGGGCUAAAUUCGAAUUCUUUCUUUGAGAAAGACCUCUGUUUGAUGGUAAUUAAACUGCUGUCUCAUUGAAAACACUUUACUAACCCAGCAUGGGCAACUUGUUUUACUGAUCACACAUGCAGGUAUGCUUAUGUAUUAAAAAAAUUAACAUUUGACAGCACUUUUGAAAAAUAUUUCUCUUGUGAUUUAAAAUAAAAUAUCAACUUCUGUAAGUGCUAUAUGUACACAAAUAUUCUAAUAAAAGUUCUAAACCAC